GCGAGAUUGUUGCCAUGGCGUAUUCCACCUUCCGGAAAGUGGCUCUGGCUUCUUGCUUAGUGUUAUGCGUAUCGCUGCUCCUGCCGAAGCUUCUCCGUUCACGGGGUUGGAGGCAGCCGGAUCCCUCCACGGUCGCCCCGUCCACUGCCACGCUCGAGGGGAAAAGCAGUAGCUACUUUCCCCCAACAGCACAGAUGUCUCCAGAAGUCAGGCCACCUGCUUCCCAGUUUCCAAGAUCCCACCUUGCUGAGGCUGUUGCCAAAGCCAAGGGUGGAGGUGGCGGAGGAGGUGGAGGCAGUGGUACUGGGAGAGGUCUUGUAGGACAGGUCAUCCCAAUAUAUGGAUUUGGGAUCCUGUUAUACAUCCUAUACAUUCUGUUUAAGCUUUCUUCUAAGGGGAUGGUCUCAACUGCUGAGCAUAAAUGUCCUCCUUCAACACCUGGAAAUAAAAACCGGAAGAUCACUGACUAUGAACUUGCUCAGCUUCAAGAUAAACUGAGAGAGACUGAACAAGCCAUGGAAAAAAUAAUCAACAGAGUGGGACCCAACUGUGAAAGCAGGUCCCCAAAUGUCACAACUGAUCAGGAGAAAAGGCUUCUUCAACAACUCCGGGAAAUUACUAAAGUCAUGAAAGAAGGCAAACUCAUUGACAGCAUCUCCCCGGAGAAAGAAGCAGAAGAGGCUCCUUAUAUGCAAGACUGGGAAGUGAACAAUAGCUCUGCAGCAGGAUCUGAGAAGAACCAGCAGACCACAUUCAGUGCUCAGAGUGGGACUGGCCAUAACUUUGAGGAGUGCUACUGUUACCACUAUGAUGAUGAUGAUCCUGCUGUUCUAGCAGAAAAUGCAGGAUUCUUCUCCGAUAGCUGCAGUGAAACAGAAGAAGUAGUUAAAGAGGAGCUGCUGUUGGACUGCGAUUAUGGAAAUAUGGUAUCCACAGAGCAAAAUGAUGAAAAUCCUGAUGAAAUUGGUAUCCUAAGAAAGCGAAACACAAAAGGCACCGAGUUGCUAGGACACUGAGGAUUGUGUACAAACGUGUCACCUGCACAGACUCUGAUCUUUGCUUUUAGGACCAAGCUUAACUUCUGUGUUGUGUGCCCAGUUGAAAUCUUGCAACAGUAUUAAUUGUCUCCCUUGCUAUGGCUUCCAAAGAUUUGAAAACAAGAUAAUUUUACAUAGUUUUUCUAUGCCUUUUUCUUCAGCUUUUGUCUUCAAGACUGCAGCGUAGAUUCACUGUGUUGCCUAGCCCCGUAAAAAGUGCAAAAAGCAAUCCAAGGAAAGGGGAUGUUCUCAUUUUUUUUCCUCAGUAUUUAUGUAAUAAGAGCAAAACAUGUCCUACAUAAAUUGAUGUGGUUCAUUUUUAGUAACAUAUAAGGGCAGCAAACGAUCAAUACAUUUAAUCAUUAUAUAAGUAGUACAGUUUAGAUAGAUUUCUUGGCUCAUUUUGCUAAGAGAGAAAACAUUUCAUAUCUUAAAAUGAAGAAAUUACAGCAUGCAAAAGAUAUUUCAUAGGCCAUUUGGUUGAUAUAGUGGUUUGAUUCAAAUUUCCAAUCUCUGAAGAGAUGUGAAAUAUCAAAUUUAAUUGGAUGUUAAGACUGUCCAGUGAUCUGGAUUUAAAUAAGAACAGAUUUGUUGGAUCACACAUAAUAGUAUAACACCAUCCUGUGACUCAUUAAAAUGGUCUCAUUUUAUAGGCCCAUGCAGCUGCAAUCAUGCAAUCCUGGGAAUAAAUGUGAUUGCUUCCUAAGCAAGUUUACAGACACCGAGACACACCCAAUACUUGUGGGUCAAAUUUGAAGCAUUGCACAUCGAUAUUGGAUGCUUGUG